AUGGGCAUCCAUGCUGUUAGCGUCAUGCUAGAGGCUCUCAAUAGAGAUGCCCAACAUGCUACUAUCGCCAAGUUCAUUCAAAAUGAACUUGACGCUGAACGCGAGAAUGUAGCCUUGCUUCACCAACAAGGUUCUCGACAAUCAGAGCUGUUGAGAGAACAGGUUUCUCAACAGUUUGAACUAUUGAGACAGCAGCAGGCUGCUGCUGGUGGGUCGAUGCAUUUGCGUCGACCCGAGACCUUGAAGAUUGACAUCUCUAAGUAUAGAGGAGUCGAAGAGGACUCCCUCCUGAGAUGGUUCGUCAAAUUGGAUGACGCCAUAAGGGCGCGUCGCAUCGACGACGGGGAUAUGCAAGUUACAUUUGCCCAGUCAAAUCUGGCAGUGCGUGCCAAGACUUGGGCUUUGGGGCUCAAGUUGCACGACCCAUAUGCGUUUGGGUCGUUGGAAGUCUUCAAGUCGCGGCUCAGACAAACUUUUGAACCGCCAAGAGCUGAGUUCAGAGCUCGAACUGAACUCUUGAAGCUCAAACAGGAUUCACUAGAACAAGCCAUUUCCAUUGCGGAACAGGAAGACUUCAUUCUGAGACAGGCUCGCGCCAGCUCGACAUCGUAUCUUCCACCGAGACGAUAUGACAGCGGAGGUCCAGAGCCGAUGGAACUCUGUUAUGUAGAGAGCGAGAAGGCUCGCUCUACAGACUACAAGAAGUUGCAGAAAUGCAACAGAUGUCAAAAGACAGGACACUACGCUUACGAGUGUAGUGCCCCUCGUCCAGUGUCUCGCGACACUGGGCGUAAUGACCGUCCACCCAUGAAAAAGGGGCAGGGACGAGGGUCCGCAGUUGGUGCAAAGACGCAACAACGGGAUGGACCUUCAAACAAAAGGACGGGAUCAGUAGGUGCGGAGCACCCUACUGGUCCAGCAACGUCAAGAGAAUUUGUAGGCCUCUUGAUGAAGGUUGCUCCCAACACACAAACGUUGUGCGUUGCUGCUCUAGGUAAUGAGAUCUCACUCAUUACCUUGAAACUCGAAGUGACAAAUGAGUUGUCUCUUCGAGCUCUAGUCGAUUGUGGGGCGUCCAACAAUUUUGUGCGACGCCAAUCACUAGAAGAUGGUCACUUUAAAUUCAGUGAAUGUGACACACCUCCUACGAGGAUGACGGUACGUCUUACGACAGGCGCAUCCGUAACCGUCAUGAAGCGUUCAGUGAAGAUUCACUAUGCGCUAGAAGAUACUCAAUAUGAUGAUGACUUUGUCGAAUUGGAUUUGGAUGCAAAUCUAAUGUCAUCCUUGGAGUACCGUGGCUCAGAAGGUACGAACCACGGGUUAACUGGCAACAUCGAACAGUAA